AAGAGUCCUUAUUGACACGGGGGAACCAGCUACUCCGGAAUAUAUUGGCUGUUUAAAGCAAGCACUGUCAGAGUUCAACAUCUCAAUUCAAGAAAUUUUAGUGACACACUGGCAUCAUGAUCAUACUGGUGGAAUACCUGAUAUCUGCAAGAACAUCCCUAAUGACUCUGAAUAUCGCAUCUGUAAGCUUCCUCGUGUCCCUCACCGUGAAGAAAUAAUCGAAGGAGGACAUAAAUAUUUUUAUCUUAAAGAGGGAGAUGUGAUACAGGCAGAGGGAGCCACACUCAGAGUUUUGUAUACACCUGGACACACUGAUGAUCAUAUGUCUUUACAUCUGGAAGAAGAAAAUGCUGUAUUUUCUGGUGACUGUAUUUUAGGAGAAGGAACAACAGUCAUUGAAGACCUGUAUGAUUACAUGAAAACUUUGAAAAGAUUGUUACAAAUGAAACUAGAUUUAAUAUAUCCAGGUCAUGGCCCAGUAGUACGGGAUGCAGAGGCUAGAAUCCAAGGCUACAUUUCUCACCGAACAGCACGUGAACAGCAAAUUCUAAACGUUUUCCAGAAGAAUGCUGGAAAAUCAUUUACCUCCUCGGAGCUUGUAAAGAUAGUAUACAAGGUAAUUGUUGAUUAAAAGCUUUUAGAUCAAACUAAAGAAAAUCGAGGUUAU